AUGGCAGCGGCAACAAACCAGCAAGAGAAGCAGACAGCUUGCGGAGUUGUUUGUAGUCAUGUCAAGUAGUGUCAAAAUUAACAGUUAGUUAUUGAAUUAUUUUAUUUCUGUUAUGGAGGAAGACACGAAUUUGGCCAAAAAUAAACCAAUUCUUCACGUCCUUGUUAUUGGAUUUCAUCACAAGAAAGGAUGUCAGGUGGAAUACUCGUACCCACCGCUGGUGCCCGGUGGGGAGGGGGGAGAGAGCGAAUGUCCACGGGGAUGGAAAUACCUCCCUACACUGGCACUGCCUGACGGAUCCCACAACUUCGAUGAAGACACUGUAUACUUCCAUCUGCCGAGCCUCACCGACCCGGACCAGACUGUCUUCGGGAUAUCGUGCUUCCGGCAGAUUCCUGUUGAGAAAAUAAAGAACCGGACUGCAGACAUCACCCGAGGAACGGUGCAGAAGUCGGUCUGUGUCUUGAGCUCUAUCCCCCUGUACGGUCACAUCCAGGUGAAAAUGGCGCUCAUCACUCACGCAUACUUCGAGGAGGGAGACUUCACCAAGGUGAAACUGCUCAAGGACACAUACCACCACCUCAACGACUGCUUGCUGCAGAUACAGGACAUCCAGUCAGCCCCUCAACUGUUUGUCGGGUUGUCGGCGAGAGAGCUGAUUCUGCAGUUCCGACACAAGGCCCUGUUGCUGUUCAAGCUCCUGCUGCUGGAACGACGAGUUGUGUUCUACCGUUCGCCCGUCCAGCCGUUGUGUGCCGCCAUCUUGUCCCUCCUGUCCCUCCAUCCGGGGAUGAUAGAGAAGGGUCUUUACCACUGCGCCUGUGUCAGGCCCUCUCGGCCCAUGUCACCUGUUCCUCAAUACACUACCGAGCCUGUAGAGACUGAGACAUCCAGAACCCACCAGGAGAAAAACGAUGUCACCCUGCCAGAAGAAAGGAAAGACAUCAUCCUUCCAGAAGAGAGGAAAGAGCCAGACAAGGACCGGGAUAAACAGGAAGUGGAGAUAUUUGUUCCUAACGUUAGUAUAGUAGUAAGUGAUGACACUGUGGUGAACGGUGUGGACUUGUGUGAGCGAGUGGACUGUGAGGAUGCCGUGACCCCGAGUGACCGGGUGGUCAACGGGGACAAGACUCCGAGUGACAUCAGCCAGAACGAGACCCCGCACCUGCCCCGAGACACGAGUAUGGACACGCUCGGUGAGAUGACUAUGGUCAACAAUCUGGCGGCCAUCGCACAAAUAGAUGCAGAAGCCUGCGGCUGCCCUCUACAGGUUUUCGUUGAUGGUUACCUCUGCCUUCCCUAUCUCUCUUUGCCUUACAUGGAUGUGCUCUCGGACCCAAACGUCAGAGGUUACUUUGUCGGCGCCACCAACGUUCUGUUCAAGCAGAAGAAGAGGAUUGCGGAAGUACUAGUGGAGGUGGAGACAGGCAGAGUUGAGACUGGUGACAUGGAGUUGCGUCGUCUGCUACACCUGUCCACGGAGGAUCUCAGGUUUGCUGACUUCCUGGUGCGACACGUGGCAGAGGAGCGACAUGAUGUGUUCGUGGAUGGAGUGGGCUGGGAGGGUGGGGACGAGUGGAUCCGAGCACAGUUCCGAGCGUACCUGCUGUGUUUGCUGAGGACCUCUCUGCUACAAGAAGGCAGUAGGGAACUGGACCACUUCAAUGCCUCGUUUGUUUCGGCAUGGCGUCAUACUCACAAUUACACGACGUGGGUGGACGGGUCAGGGCGUGAUGCAGUGUUGGAAAUCAACCCUGGCCACCCCUUCGCCGGCCAGCUCUCUGUAGCGGACAUGAAACUGCGGCUCGCACACACAAUGCAGAACACGGAGGGAGGACGGAAGCUGAAUCAAGCCAUGGUGUCGACAGGGAGAGCGGUGGUGACAACAGGCAGGGCAGUGGGUGGUGCGAUAUCGCAUGCGAAAGGUGCCCUAAGCAACUGGUGGAGCAACCUGACAACGGUACAGAGCCCUACAGAAGCUGCGGAGCCGGCUGCAGAGGUUGUACCUGCGGAGAUCACUGCCAUCGAGGCGUAACUACGGAGUAGCAACGAGCACCUCUCACCGUUGUGACUACAACUAACUACCUGCCUAUUAAAAGAGCCUAUUGUUUCCUAUUGUAUAGUGUCAGAAUGAGCUCCCUCUGUUUGUAAUUUCUUUUGUAAUAAAACACCGGAAUGUAUCAACUAAUCAAUAGUUACGACUUGAUCAUGGGUAUAUUUUUAUUAUUGCUGAAUAAAUAGUGUGUACUAUAAACAAGAAAUAUAUGUAUUCAUAAUUUAUUUCUUGUUAUUCUAAAAGGAUUUCAAACAAGACAGGUUAUAAAGUGAGUUCUACAAUAACUAAAUAUUAUAGGUUUGAUGUGACCAAGCUUAUCAAUAAACUCAGUUUUAAAUUGUCUUAAAAACUGUCACUAUCAAGACAAGAAAUCCUUUAGUUUAUGUCAUCCCUAAAAUAUGUUAACAAUGUCAUCCAAUAACCAUGUUAUGGCAGUUGGUGGGUCUAUCUGUUGUGAUAAAGUUGUAUUUUUAUGUUGUUAGUUUGCUUAAUUGAAGAUUAUUAUUUAUUGCUUAAACUUGUGUACAUAUAUAAAUUUGGUUAUUUUAAUAUCUCAUUUAAUUUUGUUAUUAUGUUCAUAUGAAUACUGAUUUAAUAUUUUAAUAUAUAUUUUAUUAAAUGUUAAUGUCAUUUGUAGAAUAUUAUGUUAGUCCUGUGUCGAACGAUUUGAUCACAAGAGCACAAAUAUAUUAAGUACCUUUUACAAUUUAUUAUUUGUAUAGUUUUCUUGCCUCUGCAAAAGUACUGUACUAAAAUGAAUUACUUUUAAGUAUUAUUUAAUCGAUUGUUGAAUAUUCUAAUGCAAAAUCAUGUCACUCUGGUUCAAAUACAGCAUUUAUACGUUAAUAAUAUAUAUUUCAACUUUAUAUACCUGUAUUUGAUCAUUGAUAAUAUAUUUGUAUAUGGUAUGUUAACAUUCAUCUGUAUUUUCAAACUAUCAUUAUUUAUAAUUGUGAACAAUACUUACCUUUCAUGGUGUACAAUACUGAUGCCUGAUCUUUAUGUAUUUGUAUUAAUUUGUAAUUAUCUGUUACAUCCUCAUUAAAAUUGGGUUUUCUUUUGGAUUAUUGAAGAUGUGCUCUUUACAUUGGAGCCAGGUUUGCUGUUGGUUGUCUCUAGAUUGUCACAUUUUAUAAUAAAUUGUAAAUGCUUGUGAGAAAAAUUUGUCAUUUAUGGGAGUUUAUUGUUCCUACUUGUUGAAUCAACCCAAGAUUAGAGAUUAUUUAUAUGAGAAUUAAGAAACUCUGAAAGGGAAAGCUCACACCAAUCGAAUUGUUAUUGUGUCUAUUACGAAAACCAGGAAAACAUAAUACCAAAAACGAAUAAAUAAUGAAAACGUAUAAUUGCACUAUUCUUAUGGAAGAUGAUAAAUCGUUAAGAGCCAGUUUCUACUUCGGAGUUUCGAUCCCAAGAAAGGUAUAAUUAAACUAAUUUUAUUAAGCAGAAACACUUAGACAAGUCUGAUAAUAAGAUAGGGAAUUAAUUCAUUUUAGGGUUACAAUAAGUUACUAAACAUUAAGGAUUUCCUUGCAAUGUGUAGAAAAAUCACAAAACAUAAAUAUUUUUUUUCACACUGCUAGUAAGUUGCUGCUGAGGUUUUAAGUUGAGGUUAUUUAGUAAAAAAAUUGUUUUACUAUUUUUAUUCAAUUCAGUUAAAUUAUUUUUAAUUAGUUUAUUAAACCUUAUGGCUUAGCUACAGCCAAUGUUCUUGCAGUAAUAGUAUGAAUCAAAUUUGGACCUUGAAUCAUCGGUACAAUUAAUUUUGGCCACCUUGAAAUCAACCCCCUAAAAUUAGCUGAAGGAAAUGAUAUGAUUUUUUUUCAUUGAUUAUCUGAAAAAUUACUGAAGAAAUUACUUUUUUAUACAAAAAGAUCAAUAAAAUAAUGUAUGAAAAGUCAUAGUAGAUUAAAACAUGUGUCAGUCCCUUAAGUUUGUAAUUAAUUAAUUCAGGCACAUACUUUAAAGUAUUCACAUCCAUUAAUAGCCAUUUUCACUGGGCCUCAUAAAGUACUUCUUGUGGGGUUAUCAAACUUUUUUUCAGGGAAGGUAAAGUUUAGGAGCUGUGACUUUAAAGUUUACAAAACAAUUUUUAACCUGACAGAACAAAUCACACUGGUUUAACUCUUUGCGAUCGGGAGGUCACAAAUGUGGCUUAAACUUAUCUUUCGCUCAGCUCGGAUGGAGUCUCGGCUCGUUGGACCACGCAUAGUAGCCGGCUGUAUUCUGCGUCAUCACGCGGCACUUGUAUUGGCUCUUUAAAUUACUGAGAUUUAAAUUAAAUUCUAAAAUAAUCUAUAAAGUUUAACUUCAAGGUUUGAAUUUUACCAGUUACGAAUAGUCAUUUAUAAUUUGCUUUUAAACAAACUAACUAAUAAGCUAUUUAAGUUAUAGGUUGAUCUGUUUUAAAAGCAUUUUUAUUUGCAGGACAAAAAUACAGUCAAUUAGGUCUCUACUAUCCACGGAAUAUUAUCUCGUUUCCAUAUUUUGAGGUUCGUCUCUACCAAAUGCACUACCAUUUUAAUAAUUAAUAUAUAAACAGAGCUGAUGGACAGGACGUGGUCAUAAAUCACAGACAUGAGGCAGAAAACAUCCCAUGGCUACAUUUGUGGUCUGGCGGUAUGAGAGGAUAAUCAUAAGAAUUUGAUGCUGAUCGCAAAGGGUUAAACUGUUAAAAAUUACUGAAAAUACUUCUUGAAUUUUUAAUUUGAUCAAGAUAAUAUUAUCACAAAGCAAGCAGAGCUUUAUACAUUUUUCCUAUCAUCAUUGUUAUUUUAUAUAUUGUAUAAUCUUGUUUAUAACAAUCUCUUAAACUGUGUUGUAUCUUAUGGCUAACAUAUAAAACAUUUUAAUUGAUAACCAUUUUGAAAUUGGAUUUGAAGUUGGAUAAGAAAGUGGUUUCUCCUCGACCAAGAAAUUUAAAUUUUACUGGUACAUUUCAACACAGUUUAAGGUUAUCCUAGAUUGUUUAUUCAGUAUCAUUAUAUUUCAAGUUUAUUUAGGUUAUUGUACUUAAUAUGGAUUUGCCUCUUCAUUAUUUAACAAACAAAUACAUUUUAGUUGUUAUGUAUAACAUAAUUUGAAAUAUAACAGCUCAUUUAAUAUACUAAAGUAAAUGUUUACCAUAUUUAUGAUAUUGUUUAUGAAACAAAAAUUCUAUUAAACUUUAAUUAGGAUAAGAGUAUUUUUAUUUAAGUGUACUUUACCUAUCCAAUACAAACACAAAAAAACAAACUAUGUACACUAUUUGUGCAAACUGACUUCACUUCAAACAAAGACAAUAUGGAUAUAGAUUUUAGUUCAUAACUCACUAGAAUAGUGUUAUUAAUUGUUGUUUAAUAAAAUAGUUUCUGCAUAA